CUGUUAAUGAGAUUGACAUAUAUUGGAAGGUGAUGGUGUAUUUCACUGGAUAAUGUUAGGUAUGAUGUUUCCACUCUCAAAAUAUCGGAUUAUUGGAAAGACUGGUAAUUUUGUACAAAAGUGGAAAUUAUGCAGCAGAAUUCAAUGACAUAAAUGAGGAAAUGUCAUUGUGGGACAAUUCCCUUCUAAAGACCCUGCUCUUAAACCGCCAUAUUCCAUUAUCGGUGUGCAUUAUUUGUAUUUAUAUUACAACAAAGCCGCUUAUAGGAUUUCUAAAAAGUUUGUAUAGUGAUAUUAAAUGGUGUACAGCAGUCAUGUAUAAGUCAAUCGUGUUGCGCUAUAGAAUUGAGAAUAAACACUUUAAGUAAAUAUGAAAACUUUAUUGCCUUUGUAAAGGACGGUCUAGGGCAUUCUGGGUAACGAUAUACACAAACUGUUGUUAAGUAGAGAUCACAUCGUAGGACAUGCUGAGGUUCAAUUGAGAACAUGUUUAUGGCAAUAAACUUCACUGGAGAGACACUUGAUAAAGUAAUAAACAAAUGUUAAUAUAUACUCGGAUUAUUAAUUAAAGACAUUGUACACGAUGGCUGUGUUUAUAGAAGAGGGAAAGCGAUUUGAAGAACUCUUGGCGACAGAUAAUUUAUUUGUGGAAUACUUCAAUUCAUUCCUAGCCCUUCCAACAUUCCCAGAUGCCUUGCUAUUCAACAAAGAAACGAAAGGCUUUGAGGUGGCAAACGAUGCCAGGAAACGCAUCUCCAAGGAGAUUAAAACAGCAAUCAGAGAAUCUAAGAGAAAAUCUAGGAUAUACAGAGUGUCAAAACAUCACAGCUUUAGUGACAUUACUCUUAUACCAAUGGAAGAUGAACCAUGGCAGGAAUCGAGGGAAAUCGAAACAUCGUUUACAGUUAUGACUCUCAAUAAAGAACAGGGUAUAGAAUGGAUUAAAAAGGAACGUCUGCCAAUGUUUCUUGAGAGUGAGUAUUACUUGGAAUACCGGCUGGCUACAAUUCUCUCACAAGUAAAACUCAAACAAGAGCAAAACACGGGCGAUUACAACGUAAUAAAAAUUGACUUUACUCCGAUAACCAACGACGAAAAAUCAGCAGAGGAAAUAGCAAGGGAGGAGGAUGAACGAUUGACAAAUCAGAUAAUGAAAGAGUGUUUUGUUUGUAUGGGUGAUACUCCCAAUACGACCACUGAUGCCUGGAUGAGUCAAGCUAAAUCUACGGUUAAGGCUGAACUGUCAACUACUCCUUCUACAACUGGAGGUAUUAUAUCCGCAAAACAUAGCAGUGUCGCCAGACCUAAAAGUACAUCUAGUUUAUUCGACAGACAAUUACAAUCAACUACAGAAAGUGGUUACGAAAGUGCCAAUAUAGACUUAACUAGCAUUACAUCCGAUAUUGAAGCAAUGGACAGCAAAUUAUUUGAAGGGGAAUCAUUAAAACCAAUAACACCCCGCCCUUCAGAAACCGUCUGUGUAAUUAACAGUGCAUCUAAUGAAAACUUAUCCAAGCCUUUGUCAACGGGUGUGGCUUAUGCAACAAAUGGGAAACAGGAAGAUGAACCCCGCCCCGAGGAUCAGGUGACCGCUGUAAUAUCAGAUGAUACAUCAGUUGACGCUGACGACGUACAUAGACGUUCAGUUGGAUUUGCUGUGGAGGACGAUAUAAAAUCAGAUAGUGCUGAAUCAGAAAUGAGCAUCCCAUACACGGGAAGUGAUCGGUCUAGUGCCCUAGACGAGGACUUAUAUACAUUUAGAACAAUCAGUGACCUUGGGGCAGUCAUAGUCGGUACCGUCCUGAAGCAGAGCAUUGCUGAGAUAACAGAGGCGGAUAUCCACGAUGUUUCCUUCAACGACAGUGUAAAGCAGACAUUCCCUCAUAAGAGAUAUCACAGCUACACAGUUGAUAUGUUAGCAGGUGCGGAGUGUUAUGUGCUUCAGGAUCCCACAACUCCAGUCCCUACACCAACACCUCCACCAAGUGAUGAUGAAGAUGAUAAACAUCUCAGUGAUGAUGAUUCUCUGCUUGACAGUGAAGACGACUUCGAAGAAAUGGACAAUUUCUUCAGAAGAAAAAAGAAAAGGCGAUUCACAUUGGAUUCGAAAAAAGGAGUUGAUGAAUUUGGAAAAUUUUUGGAAGGUACACGGGGUGAACGGAAUUGGUCGUUUUGGCUAGAUGUUGACAGGUGUCGUAAUAUUACAGACGCAGGGCAGCUUCAACAGUAUCUAACUGCUAUGAAAGAGAUGUAUCUCCGACAUGGUGCCCCCCUAGAACUAACCCAGGAAGUAAAGGUAGCACUGGGCCUCACUGAGCCAUCAAGCUGGACAGUUGAAAAGUUGUUAAAAGUGCAGAACAACAUGGCAGAACCCCUGGUUCUUUAUUGGGGGCCUAGAUUUUUACUAAACCAAAAAUGCAAGGUAAAGCCAGAGAAGAAUGAACUAUAUAAACAUCAGAAGUUGAUAUCUGGGAAAGAUAAACCACGUGGAUCUAGUGUUUAUCCUAACCCACCUACUGCCACUAUGCUACCUCUGCGCCCUAAGACGUGCAUGCCUCGGGUGAUGAGAUCUGCACCUGAGAAAUCUCUUGAGAUCACUGAUGCCUUUGAGCCAACAUCUGAGAUUUCAGUCUACUACAACAAUCCCAAUGAGAUAACAAAAACCUCGAUACCUCCUAUAGGUGUAAAGAAAAGGAUAUAUAACUUUAGUGCGUAUCCUAAACAGGCUGUGCAUAAUAUUACCAAGUUAAAAAAUAUGGAAAAACAUGAACCCACUCCUCUGAUUAAACAAAAACUUCCUAAAGAACUUAUCACUCCCAAACUCGACGUUUCUUUAAAAGCGAGACCUGGCAGUGCGAGAUCGUCAACUGAUGAUUCUAAACUCAUGUCCAAGAAACCCAGAGCUCAUUCAGCCAUAUCAAGGGCGUCGUCUGCUAUUUCUUCUAACACCGUGCCCGUCCCUCCAAAAGAACCAGGCCCAAAUAGACCUGUUUCGGGGAGAAGUUCUAGGCCUACAAGCAGAUUAUCUGCAAAGUCACUCGCUGACACCCAUGAUGAUCUUAGCUCUAUGACGUCAGCUGCCCAUCCGACUUCACUCGCCGAACUUGAAGAUGGCAUUGAAAAGUCUAAACGAGACAAACGAGGUAGCGCAAGCACUAUUCAGUCCGAAAUAUCUGAGUUCUUUGGUGGCCGACGUCUAGAAGGAUUACUUCAAGCAUUAAGCAGUGAGAAACUUGCGGGUAACUUCAUCAAGAAGUAUAUUGAGAACACUGGAAAUAAACUUUGGUUGAACUGUAUGAACUUUUGGACAGAACUUCAAGAAUACCACAAACUAUUUUACGCUGAUACCAUUGACCCAUUUACCCUAAAAAAGAAGGCCCAGCACAUUCACGCCCAAUACAUUGUAAGACCGAGUCCGUAUAAUAUAGGAUGUGGUAAAGAGAUCUCAGACGCUACCACUGCUCAGUUAGACCCGCCUUAUGAGGAAUUAUUUGAUUUGGCGGAGGAGUAUUGCUUUAACACUCUAUUUGAAGCUUGGUCACAAAUGCUCACGUGUGAUUUAACAACAUAUGAGAAAAUCGAACUGAUAGAGGUGAAAAGACAUUUAGAAACUAAGAAUAAAUACGUCACAAGUUUACAAAGACGAGGUUUGAUCAAAAGAUCAGUGACCCCUGAAGAGCCGAUGGAAGGUUAUGAAGACCCUGUGUAUGACGAAGCUUUACUAGAAAAGAUCCCAGAAGAAUUUCGAGAAUUCAAUCUUGAAAAGUUGGUUCACAAUCGAAUUGAGCUUGAGCAUUAUCGUGUUUUCUUGACAGAGAACUACGCCAGUAUGGAUCUCAUGUGUUGGAUGGAUGUAGAGGCUUUUAGACGUAUACCUCACACUGAUGAGAGACGACGCAACAUGAAGGCGAAGGAUAUUAGAGUGAAGUACAUGACAAAGAAAUACUUCUUUGGACCAAAUAGUCCAGCUGGAAGAGAGGGCCAAGAAAAAGUCAUGGAAGCUGGUGGGGGUUGGGGGAAACUUCUCGAAGACAGACCCCCUACACAAUGUCUCCUGGAGAUGCAAAAAUACGUCAGAGAGAGGUUGGAGAAGAAAUGGCUGCCGAUGUUUCUAGCAACAGAUGGCUUUGCUGAGCGUAUGCAUGAGCGGGCCACCAUGAGCGAUGCUGCAGAGGAUAUUCUCCUGCAAAGGAGGAAGCGAUCACAAGCAGUCUGGAAGAUGAUGGAAAGUAAAUGGAUCACAUCCUCAAAGGACAUUAUAACCUUCCGAAAGGCUUUGAUGAACCCUAUAACAUCAUUGCAGUUCAGAAGGUUUGCUUCAAUUAAAGGAGACACUCUUGAAAACAACGUACUCUUCUGGCAGGAGGUACAAAAGUAUAAAGAAAUGUAUCACACACAUUCUGACGAACAUUUAGUGAACCAGAAAGUUGUUGCUAUAAUCUC